UCCCGGCCCUCCUCCCGGCCCUCUCCUCCCGCCCCGGGCCCGGGCCUGAGGCUGGCGUCGCACGCCGUGCUGCAGGAGGCGCAGCGGAGAGGCCGCUUGAAGUGCUCUAAGUGCGGCGGGUCGCGGAUGUUCUUCUGCUACACCUGCUGCUCCUUACUGGGGGUGGAGCUGCAGGACAUCCCGCUCAUCAAGCUCCCGGUGAAGAUCGACAUCAUCAAGCAUCCCAACGAGACGGAUGGGAAGAGCACCGCCGUCCACGCCAGGAUCCUGGCCCCCGCCGACGUCACCAUCUACACCUACCCCUGCUUCCCCGACUACGAGAAGGCCCAGGUGGUCUUGGUGUUUCCUGGUCCCGGGGCCGUCUCGGUCCGAGACAUGAUGCGGUGUCUGCGCGACGUGGCCGGCAGCAGGUCGCCCGGGUCGUGUUCCCAGCCCUGCAGAAAGAGGCUGAAGGCCGAGGCGCCGGGGGCCUCCCCCCUCCAGAGGGUGGUCUUCAUCGACAGCACGUGGAACCAGACCAACAAGAUCAGCAGCGACGAGAGGCUGCAAGGUCUGCUCCGCGUGGAGCUGAAGACGAGGAAGACGUGUUUCUGGCGCAGCCAGAAGGGCAAACCGGACACCUACCUGGCCACCAUCGAGGCCAUUUACUAUUUCCUCAAGGACUUCCGCGAGCAAUGCCUUGCUCAGGAGUACGACGGAGAAUACGACAACCUCCUGUUCUUCUACUCCUACCUGCACUCGGUCGUCAACAAAGCCAAGACGUCGGCUGGAAGGAGCUGAGCGAGAGACGCGUCGCCGCUCCGGUCAUUCUGAUUUUGUAUGAGAUCAUAUUCGUCUGAGAAUAUUCAAUAAAACGGUUUUCAAUG